AUGAGAUUCAAAAAUCGUGAACAAGCGGGAAAAAUGCUCGCAGAUCGUUUAAUCAACAAAUAUAAUAAUGCCAGCAAAGAUUUUAUCGUAUUGGCUUUACCAAGAGGUGGGGUGCCGGUUGCUUAUCAAAUAUCAGAAAGAUUAAAAGCUCCUUUGGAUGUAUUUCUAGUAAGAAAACUAGGUGUAGAAGGGCAAGUAAUUACAUUUAUUGCAUUAUUUAGGCAAGAGGAAUUAGCAAUGGGUGCAAUUACCGAGACAGCUACAGUUUUUAACCAUGAUAUUAUUGAUGUGUUACGAAUUGAUGAGAAGUCGAUUAAACGUGUUAUCGCUAAAGAAAAAAGCGAAUUACAACGUCGUAAUCAAAAAUAUCGCAAGGGUAAAACCCCUGUUGAUGUAUCUGGAAAGAUCAUAAUAUUGGUAGAUGAUGGAAUCGCAACAGGUGCAACAAUGAGUGCUUGUUGCACUUCAUUAAAACAAUUAAAUCCCAAAAAAUUGGUCGUGGCGGUACCAGUAGCAGCCUCUGACACCAUUUCGAAAAUAAUUAAAAAAGUAGACGAUGUGGUAUGUGUUUUGACACCAGAGAAUUUAAUGGGUAUCGGACAAUGGUAUGAAGAUUUCACUCAGAUGGAAGACCAAGAAGUUUUAGAAUUAUUGGAAAAGGCAGAGAAAGUGUGUUCAUCAAAAUCAAAACCAAAAAGUUUUAAACGUGAAUUAGAGUUGAGUAGGCGGGUGAAGCAGCUGUCAGAAGAAAAAUUGGAAAAAAUUGUCAAAGAUGAAAAGGUGAAAUGUAUAGAUGAUUGUGAUAUAAGGAAAUAUAUAUUGGUUGGUAAUCAAUACGAAACUGCUCGUAAAAAAAUGAGACUUUUGGAAUAUGAUGCAGAAUUGGAGGGAUCUGAUGAAGAUGAAAAUAAAGUAUUGAGUGAUUUGGAGAUUUCAGAAAACAAUAUUUCAGACGAUUUAAAUGUUGAGAAUACUAGUAAAAACAAUGUAGAAAAUACUAAAGAUAUUCAAAAUAUUAAGGCUAAUACUCACAUUAAAGAUAUUGGAAAUGUUAAAGAUACUGAAAAUACUAAAGAUAUUGAGAUUAAUGCAAGUAUUAAAGAUAUUGGAAAUGUUGAAGAUACUAAAAAUACUAAAAAUGUUGAGAUUAAUACAAGUACUGAAGAUAUUGUAAAUGUUGAAGAUACUAACAAUACCAAAGAUAUUGGAGAUAUUGAAGUUCAUAUAAGUUCUGAAGAUGUUGGAAAUGUUGAAGAUAUCCAAAAUACUAAAGAUGUUGAAGAUAUUGAGGUUAAUACAAGUAUUGAAGAUGUUGGAAAUGUUGAAGAUACUAGGGACAUUAUUGGAAAUACUCAAGAUAUGGAAUACAUUGAUGUUAACACAGAUGCUGAAGAUCUUGCAGAUACUGAAGAUUUUAUUGGAAAUACUCAAGAUAUGAAAAAUAUAGAAGAUUAUUUGGAUGAAUCAAAUUCAUCAUUGUCACCCUCAACUAAUCACAUCGAGGAAAUAAAUGAUGAUAAUUAA